AUGAGUUUCUUCAGCUAUGAUUUCCUCUACUCCCAACUCUUUAUCACACCCCCCUACCCGACAGCAUCAUUCACCAACCAAACGAUCAUAAUCACCGGCUCAAACGUCGGUCUUGGCCUCGAAGCAGCCCGACACUUCACACGCCUCGGCGCCGCAAAGGUCAUCCUCGCCGUCCGCAACCGCGCCGCCGGCGAAGAGGCCCAACAAUCCAUCCAGACAUCCACCGGCACCACCGGCAUCUGCGAAGUAUGGGAGCUAGACUUGGCGUCGCACGAAUCCGUCCUCGCGUUCGCGAAGAAAGUAGCCCUGCUCCCACGACUGGAUAUGUUUAUCGCCAACGCUUCGAUCGCAACCGGUACUUUUCAACUUGCUGAGGGCCAUGAGCGGACUAUAACAGUGAAUGUGAUCAAUACUAUUCUAUUGGCAUUGCUGGUGUUGCCAACGCUGCGGAAGAGUGCGAGGUUGCACCCCGGUACGAAGCCACGGUUGACGACUGUGGUUAGUGAAGUGCAUGGGUGGACGAAGUUUGCGGAGCGGAGUGCCGAGAAUGUGUUUGAGGCUUUGGAUGAUAAAGACCGAGCGAACAUGCCGGAGAGGUACGAAACGUCGAAACUGUUGCAGGUGCUUUUGCUGCGCGAGAUGGUGGCGCAGGGGGCUGGGGACUCGGUGGUCAUUAAUAUGGUGAAUCCGGGGUUUUGUCAUUCGCGACUGGGACGGGAGAUGGGACUGGUGUUUGCUUUCUUACAGUUGGUGUUUGCCAGGUCGACCGAGGUGGGGAGUAGGACGCUCGUGGCCGGGGCUGCGAGUGGGGAGGAGAGCCAUGGGGCGUAUAUGACGAAUGGGAAGGUGGAUAAUGACGCCUUGUCUCCGUUUGUUCGUAGCGCGGAAGGGAAGAAAGCACAGAUGAAGGUCUGGGGAGAGCUUGUGGAAAUCUUAGAAGCUAUUGCGCCAGGUUGUACGCGGGUUGUGUAG